AUGUUAGUCUACUAUCCAAAUUUUGCUACCUCGACAACCAAAAUGAUCGAAAUCAAUCUCUAUCAUUAUUUUUUUGUCAGUCGGAGCUCCUCCCUGCCCGGCGGCUCUGCACCCAACCCGCACAGCAGCUCCUCCUUCUGGAUCGUUCGUGUUGAUCAUCUUGAACGCCUGCUUGAGCUCGAGGUACACGUCGACGGAGAUCUAGGACCACUCGUUGGCGGAGCCGGAGGGGAGGACGGUGGUCGGCGUGGCCAGGCCGCCGCCGCCCUUCUUUUUGUAUAUGUCCUCGGAAGAAGCCGAGGAGGACGUCGACUGGGAGCUGAAAGACGACAGAUCAUCUUCGGAUCUGAAAACGGAUCGAGAUUUUUUGGGCCUGAACUACUUGCCGGGUAUGAUCUUGGCGAGUUUCAUGGCGGAGAUGAGAAUCCAACAAAGGUGAGAGAGAAGAAGGCAAGGAGAGAGAAUGAGGAUGUGGUAAAUUGUGGUUUGACGGAAAGAGGGGAGGAAGGAGAGAAGUUAAAUGUGGUUUUGGAAAGGCAUAUCAUGUCUUGGUGUUCUAUUGAGUCGGAUCCUGGUGUCUUCACUGAACUUCUACAGCAGAUGCAAGUUAAAGGUGUUCAGCUAUUCAUUUCAAACAAGAUCUUGGUCAAGUCACAAGAUAAUGUUGAGGAGUUGUAUUCGUUGGACCUCGAUUCUCUUAAUAGUUUAAGGCCGAUAUAUGGCCUAGUAUUCUUAUUCAAAUGGCGUCCCGUUGAGAAAGACGAGCGUUUAGUGAUCAAUAACGCAUGCGCGACCCAAGCACUCCUCUCAGUCCUCAUGAACAGCCCGGAAAUCGACAUCGGGCCCGAGCUCUCGUCCCUGAAAGAAUUCACCAGAAAUUUCCCUCCCGAGCUGAAGGGCCUAGCCAUCAACAACAGCGAGCCCAUUCGCGCGGCCCACAACAGUUUCGCUAGGCCCGAACAAUUUUCCCAGGACGAGCGGCAAAACCCCUCUGAUGACGUGUACCACUUCAUCAGCUAUGUCCCAGUUGAAGGCGUACUCUACGAGCUCGACGGGCUCAAGGAAGGCCCAAUAAGCCUUGGCCCGUGUUCUGACAGCCCAGAGGAGGAUAUGGACUGGGUACGGAUAGCAAGGCCCGUUAUUCAAGAGAGGAUAGAGAGGUAUUCGAGGGAUGAGAUUGAGUUCAGUUUGAUGGCUGUGAUAAAGAACAGGAGAGAGAUGUAUACAGCCGAACUGAAGGAUUUGCAGAGGAGAAGAGAGAGGAUUUUGCAGCAGCUCGGGACUUUGCAGUCGGAGAGGAUGGUUGAGAGUGGUAAUGUGGAGUCUCUGAAUAGAGUGCUUUUGGAGAUAAAUGGUGGGAUUGAAGGGGCUACUGAGAAGAUAUUGGCUGAGGAAGAGAAGCUGAAGAAAUGGAGGACUGAGAAUAUACGUAGGAAGCAUAAUUACGUGCCGUUUUUGUUUAACUUCUUGAAGAUGCUGGCGGAGAAGAAGCAGCUGAGAGGGCUUGUGGAGAAGGCUAAAGUGAAACAAAACCAGUCACAGUGAUAUAUUCGACAUAUUCGAGACAAGACCAGUUUUUUCGAAUAGAAAUUGUUUAUUUUUGUGGCGUUUUGUUUGAAUUUUGAGUUGAUUUAUGUGGACAUAAUGUCUGUAUUGGUGUGUGUUAAUGUGUGGUAUGGAGGUGAAGGACUUGAAAUACAGUUAGCUUCUUCAGUGAAAGGAUUCAUUACUUAAGGAAGAGUUCUAAAAACUUAUAUUUAGUUGUUUCGUUUAUGGCUGUGAUAGAUAUGAG